CAAACAUUCCUGUUUUCACUGUUCCCAACAGACGAUCACACAUCCACCAACACUGGUCUGUUCUUCUUCAUCUCUAACGAGGGCAACCAGAACCUGUACGUGUCCCAGGCCAACCUGUGGCUCUACUUCCGCGUGCUGCCGGCCGGCGCUGAGAAAGGCCUUCGGAGAAAGGUGACAGUCAAGAUCCAUUACCAAGAGCCCGGGGCAGCUGGCGGAGCGGAGGCAGGUCCAGGAGGUGGUGGUGGUGGAGGAGGGGGAACAGGCCGCUGGGCUGUGGUGGAAAAGCGAGUGGAUCUGAAACGUAGCGGCUGGCAUACUUUCCCCCUGUCUGAGGCUGUGCGUGCUGUGUUUGGGAAGGGCAACCGGCGCCAGGACCUGGAGGUCCACUGCGAGGGCUGCGAGACAGCCGGUGUGUCUCCGAUAAUGGUGGACCCCAGCGACCCGUCCCACCGGCCCUUCCUGGUGGUGCGCGUGCGACAGGUGGACGGAAAGCACCGCAUUCGCAAGCGGGGUCUCGAAUGCGACGGCACCAGCGGGGGCCUUUGCUGCCGGCAGCAGUUUUACAUUGACUUCCGCCUCAUUGGCUGGAACGACUGGAUCAUUGCGCCAGCUGGUUACUAUGGCAACUACUGCGAGGGUAGCUGCCCGGCCUACAUGGCGGGUGUUCCAGGCUCGGCUUCAUCCUUCCACACUGCAGUGGUGAACCAGUAUCGCAUGAGAGGGAUGAGCCCCGGCUCGGUCAACUCCUGCUGCAUCCCCACAAAGCUCAGUACUAUGUCCAUGCUCUACUUUGACGAUGAAUACAACAUCGUAAAGAGGGAUGUGCCCAACAUGAUUGUGGAGGAGUGCGGCUGUGCUUGAGUCAGCCGUCGCCCUUCGUUAUCUCUGAACUUGGAACAGUUGGAAAGGCCUUUUGUACCAACAGGACGUUGUUGUACGGUACACAUAUAUAAUAUAUCUAUACCUACCGUAAAUGCAAGCAGCACGCACACUGAUGCAUCUGGUACCCCUUGCAAAUGCAAGUACCUGUGCUGUGUCCCCGUGUGUGUGUUUGCCCGGUGAUUGUGCGAGUGUGUGUAUUUAUAAGUGAGGUGCUCGCUGUCCGGCUGAGUUAAGUCCGUCGAGUGACAACCGGUCAGUGACGGGACGAGAAGGGAACGAUUAUCACCAAAUUAUACUUUGCUCUAGUUUGCCAUUUCUAGACAAAAAUAAUGGCAAAUCAUCUCUUGUAUGAAGAUAACAAGCGCUUAAGUAAAGUGACAGGAUUGGCCAAUUGCAUUAUUUGCUUCACCCCAACACUCCCGAUCCCGCUCCUCCAACCCUCUAGAGUACUUACAGACUUUUAUUUCUUUUUAGAAAGCACUGACAAUUCAUCAGCUUAUACAACUUAGAACAGCAGCACUUCCCUCAUAUGCCAGCAGACACAGUCCUCCAUAUCUGGUGGAAUUAGACUGGCAGCGCUUAAUGCCCCGCAGGAUUAUACCCUCCGCAGAGAGGCGAAAGAAAGUCCUCCACAGGUCUGCUGUCCUGCCUCCUUGCUGUUGACAACGGGCCUCGACCUCCACUUCCUGCCUGUCCAGACAGACGCAGGCCCCGCUACCGUGACAACCAGGUGAAGAUUGAUGUGCACUUCACUUGUGUACAGAAAAGCGACAAAAGAGAGAACUGCUUCCUCCCUCCCCCCCUGAGGCUCAGGAGACGUGGGCCUGCUGGACUCUAGUUCUGGCCCAGUGGGUCACCACGGUGCAGUGCAGCACUUGCAGAAACUGAAAUGCACACCCUGAAUAGCACUUGUAUAAAGAAAUGCCUACCAAGGAGUACUGAGUGUCCUGUCCUAUCGCUAAAUAAGUGCCACAUGAGCUAUGCAAUGUAUAGUAACCUAUACCCAUACUCAACACGCUCUAUUAGACUGACUUCUCUUUCUACCUGUCUCUCUCCGCUCGCUCCUCUCUCUCCCUCUCUCUCUCUCCCUCUCUCUCUCUCUUGCUUCUAGCCUCCACUCUUUAUCAAUACUUGAAAUGUAAUCUUUCGCUUCCUUUCCAAAGCGAAUGAUUGUUGUGACGUUUGCACUGAAAAGUUGCGGGAUUAGUGAAACAAAAACUGCCAUUGAAAAGUUAUUUUUAUAGAAGUAAAUUUAAUUUUGUUUCAAAUGUAUUUUACCUAAUUAAUGGAACCAAAGAGGCCAAGAUUUUUAGCUAUUGUACUAAGAUGGCGAGGCCAUUGAGUUACUGUGUACAAUACUGUUUUUGAUCAUUCGCAAUAGGCCUACCACUGUAUCAGGGUACGAUAAAUGAUUUCAUUCCUUAGCUCUGUCGUCGUUCUCUGUUUUGUACAAUAAGCAACUCUUCAUUUUUUCAUCUUUAACUCUAUUUUUUUUGUUUCAGUUUUCUAUUUAAUAAGAAAGUUGUUUUUAGUUCCUGUCUAAGAAUCAUCUAGUCAAAUAAAUGUCAUGUGUACAGUUUGUCAAAUAAAAAUGUUUUCUUAAAUAUUUUGUAACUUUAAAA